AUGGAGUCCAUUCUCUCGCUCGCUAGCUCCGUCUGGCAAUCCGCCAGCUUCUGGCGCACCGUCGCCAUCGGCUUCGCCCUGCUCAACAUCAAGAACCUCCCCUUUGUGUGGCAUCUCCGCGUCUACCGCUACUUCUUCCAGUAUGGCUACCUCAUCACCCCGGCCGUCGAGCAGCCCGCGCGCCCCAGCUCCGACCUCGUCAAACCCCGCAGCAUCUUCACCCACGCCCCGAUCCUCGAGCUCGACCUGAACGUCCACAAGUCCAACUCGACCUACUUCUCCGACCUCGACGUGUCGCGCACCGCCCUCAUGUCCUCGCUCAUCAUGAAGGGCGCCGCCCUGCUCGAGACCCGCCUCCACAAGCAGCAGAAGUUCGGAUACCUGCAUUUCAUCCUCGGCAGCGUCUACACGAACUUCAAGCGCGAGAUCCCCGCCUACGCCAAGUACGAGGUCCAGUCGCACAUUGCCUCCUUUGAUGAGAAGUGGAUCUACAUCGUGACGUAUUUCCUGAAGCCGAGUCGAGGGAAGAAGGGGAAGAAGGCGGCGCCGGCGGCGGUUGACGACGAGGUCCUCCGCAAGCGGCUCUUCGCUGUCUCGAUCAGCAAGUAUGUGCUCAAGAAGGGCCGGUAUACGGUGCCUCCGCGGGAGGCGUUCGAGGCCGCCGGCUUCACGCCGAUGAGCGCGUCCGGUGCGGCGAAUGGGGCUGCGUCGGUGAACCAGCGCAAGACGGCGGGUGUGAACUGGGACGCGCAGGCCGAGUGGGAGCACCUGCAGGCGGAGAUUCUCAAGGGGAGGGAGAUCGUGCAGCCGUUUGUGGACCAAGAGCAGAAGCUCUAUGAUGAUUAUUUGGAGAAGAUGAAGCUUCCUGCUUUUGCAUAG